UUGGUACCAGACCCGUAAAGGUGGGGGGGCCCCAAAGUUUCAGUUUCGCCAUCCUCUAUAGGGGUCAGAGGCCCAGAGGGGCAAACCAACGCCUUUUUUUAACUCACUCAUGCGCAUGCGCAAUGAAUGAGUUAUUGCGAUAUGGGCUUUUGCGUGGACUGUAGACUGUGGACACAGACGAGGGGGACUGGGCAUGAUUACAUCGCCAUAUUGGAUUUGCUAAACCCGAGAAGGUAUACAUUCAUAUGCUUUAUCGUCAUAUUUUGAACUACUUACGCUCCCAACAAAACAACACAUACGCCGAGUCAAUAGGCCAACUCACUAAAUCUUUUCUGAGCGUUUUCUCUGAGGAAGCUAACGUAACAGCCGAUGCGCCAUUAGAUAACCAUGAUGAAAAGGAAAGCUUUCAAACAACUCUGCAGGAAGUGUAAAACGAAUGGAAAGAAGUACACAGCUGGUGAACUCAAGACAGAGGAUUAUAUUAAUAAGCUGAUACAUCUUGAUGAAGGUUUUAGAGUUUUAAAAAAUGUAAGGGGAAGUCCAGCUUAUUUUCAGCGAUGUAAAAAAGACCUUUUUGCCAUGAUUCGCCAGCUUGGGAACCCUUAAUGGUUUUGCUCUAUCUCUGCUGCAGAAACAAGGUGGACACAUUUGUUGAAAACUCUUGGUAGGAUAGUUGAAAAAAAAAGAAUACUUUGAUAAUGACAUAGAUAACAUGACUUGGCAACAAAAGUCCAAUCUUAUCCAGAACGAUCCAGUAACUUGUGCAAGAAACUUUGAUCAUAUGGUUCAGCUAUUUAUAUCUAAUGUUUUAAAGAGUGAUGCAAUCCCUAUAGGAGAGAUAUCUGACUAUUUUUUAUAGAGUUGAGUUUCAACAAAGAGGAAGUCCCCAUGUUUAUUUUGGGUUAAAGAUGCACCACAGUAUGUAUGUGACUUGUAGGAAGGCUGAAAGUAGUGAAGAAAUGGAAGACAUAGUAAAUUUGCAAAUGCACAGACAUGCAAAAACAUGUAAAAAGAAUGGAAGCAAUGUUUGUAGGUUCAAUUUCCCUUUACCACCAAUGCAACAAACUAUGAUUUUAACGCCUCUUGAAGAAUAUGAAACUUAUGAUGAUAAAAGACAGAAACAGAUUAAAGAGAAUGCAGAAAAUAUUAGGGAACAACUCAGCAGUAUGAAAUAUGGUGAAAACAUAAGUUUUCAUCAAUUCUUAGGUAAACUACAAUUAACAGAGGAGAAUGAUCUCUUGGCUCUGAGGUACUCAUUGAAGCGUACUACUCUGUUUUUAAGAUGACUGCCCUCAGAAAUAAGAAUAAAUAAUUACAACACCCAUUUUCUUCAAGCAUGGAGAGCAAAUAUGGAUAUGCAAUAUGUUCUAGACCCAUAUGCUUGUGCAACAUAUAUCUUGUCUUAUAUCACUAAAGGCCAAAGAGGAAUGAGCAAACUUCUUGAAAAAGCAACUGAGGAAGUCAAGUCUGGUAACAGAGAUAUUGCAAAUAAAGUACGGCACAUUGGAAACAGAUUUUUAAAUGCUGUCGAAAUAAGUGCUCAAGAGGCAGCAUAUUUAGUUUUACAAAUGCCAAUGAGGAGAUCUACUCGUGAAUUUCAAUUCAUUAAUACUUCACAUCCAGAUGAAAGGACAUUUUUUCUAAAGAAAUUUGACAAGCUAAAGGAACUUCCGGAUAAUUCACCUGACAUUGAGUCAGAUAACCUUAUCAAGCGUUACCAAAGAAGACUCAAGAAGUUAGAGAAACUUUGCCUGGCUGAAUUUGCUGCCUGGUUUAACUGUGUAAGUGAUAAGCAUGCAGACAGUGCUAGUGAUAAAGCUUUUGCUACAGGACCAGAUGACUUUAUGCCAGAAACUAAUUUGGAAGACAACACUGAUGAUGACGUCCCAAUUACUGAAGAUGUAAAUGAACAAGAAAGUGAUACAAAUCAGUACCACAUGAGAGGAGGCAUAAACCUUAUCAAGCGUAAGAGACCUAAAAUCAUUCGCUCUGUAAUAAUAAUAAUAUUGGUGACAAUGUUGCUCCAAAUUCAGAACAUUAAUGAACAAGAUCGUGCAAUAAAAGAAAAGCCAAGUGAACUGUUUGGCUGCUUUGACCCAGGCAAAAAUAAGCAACACAACCAGUAUGACUUGCUUGAUGACAUUGGCAUAUUUCCUAGAUAUAAUGACCAGGAGGAGCUUGUUGUAAAACGAGUGUCAGAUUUUGAAUACUGUGCACUUGUUCGUUCAUUAAAUGAGAAACAAAGGCAAUUCUUUUAUCAUGUCCUGCACACAAUCAAAACUAGUGAUGAGCCACUCAGAUUAUUCUUGUCAGGCGGAGCAGGUGUUGGUAAAUCAUCAGUUACAAAUGUAUUGUAUAAAGCACUGAUAAGAUACCUGAACAGCAUUGUUGGUGAGAAUCCUGACGAGAUUAAAGUUUUGAAAACAGCUCCCACAGGGAAAGCAGCUUUUAAUAUCAAAGGGUAUACAUUACAUGCUGCAUUCAAGAUACCUGCCAAUAAAGGCUUUGAAUACUGUGCAUUUGAUAAUGACAGACUUAAUACAAUUAAAGCAAAAUUGAGGAAACUUCAUGUAUUAUUUAUUGAUGAGAUGUCGAUGGUUGCCAGUGGUAUGUUUAAUUUCCUUAAUUUGCGUUUGCAGCAGAUAAUGGGAAGCAAAGUACCAUUUGGAGGAAUAAGCUUAAUAGCUAUUGGGGAUUUGUUCAACUAAAACCUGUGUUUGACAAAUGGAUAUUUGAAACUUCAAGCACAUGCUAUGCCACACUAGCAAGUAAUUUAUGGAAUGAACUUUUCACUCUCUUUGAACUAACAGAGAUUAUGAGACAAAAAGAUGACAGACAUUUUGCAGACCUGCUAAAUCGUGUACGAGAAGGCAAGCAUUCUGAGAAUGACAUAGACUGUUUAAAGCGAAGGCUUAUAAAGCAAAGGCCACAGGAUAACAAUUACCCAAUACAUACAACACAUUUGUACUAAUGCAUCUGUAAAUGCACACUAAUGCAUCUGUAAAUGCACACAACAAUAUGAUAUAUACUCAAUCUGAUAGUGAUGAAGCUCAGGUCAAGGCAAUAGGCAUUUUUUAACCAGACACCAGACAUUUUAGAAUUAACAAAAAAACACAGUACAAAUCAUUCGCAGACAAUUUCCAUUGAGACCUGCAGCUGCUAAAACCAUUCAUCGUUGUCAGGGUGACACUUUAGAUUUAGCCGUUGUUGAUUUCCCAACCUCAACUAGAGAACACAUGCACUAUGUUGGCUUAAGUCGAGUCCGAAACCAUUCAAAUCUACAUAUACUAAACUUGAAUGAAUGCAAAAUAAAAGUAAGCGAGAAAGUAGUAAUUGAAAUGAAUAGGUUAAGAACAGAAGCACAGCUUGUUCCUUUAGUGUCACUACAAAAUGUAGAUUUAUCAAAUACCACAACAAUCAUAUUCCAUAAUGCUAGAUCUGUUCAUCUGCACAUUGAUGAUGUCAAAAGUGACUAUAAUUUCCAAUUAGUAGAUAUAAACAUUUUAGUUGAAACACGAUUUUGCU